AUGUCGAGCAACGGCAACUCAUUGGGCGAUUCUCGUCUGCUGCUCGUUUCCAAUCGUCUCCCGAUCACCAUUCGACGAUCUGAAUCGGGUAAUUAUGAGUUUUCCAUGUCAUCUGGUGGUCUCGUGACCGGUCUCAGUGGACUGUCCAAGACGACAACCUUCCAGUGGUAUGGCUGGCCCGGUUUGGAGGUUCCCGAGGACGAAAUCAAAACCGUGACGCAGAGACUGAAGGAAGAGUUCAACGCGACUCCGUCGUGGUUGUCGCUGACCUGUGUUGACUCGAUUCUCUGGCCGCUACUACACUAUCAUCCCGGUGAAAUCGUCUUCGAUGAAGGUGCUUGGGACGCCUACCGUGAGGCCAACCGUUUCUUUGCUCGGACGAUUGCCAACGAGGCGAGAGAGGGUGACUUGGUCUGGGUUCACGACUAUCACUUGAUGCUUCUGCCGCAGAUGCUCCGCGAAGAGCUCCAGGCACUUGACAAGAAGGACAUUCGGAUCGGGUUCUUCCUACACACGCCUUUCCCUAGUAACGAGAUCUACCGGAUCCUACCGGUACGAAGGGAGUUGCUGCAGGGUGUGUUGCACUGCGAUUUGAUCGGUUUCCAUACGUACGACUAUGCUCGUCAUUUCCUGGGCAGCUGUGCUCACUUGCUGGGAUUAAUCACUACUCCCAGCAGCGUCAAAUACGAAGAUAGGAAUGUUUCUGUGGGAGCUUUUCCUAUUGGCAUUGAUCCGGACAAGUUCGCAGAAGGCCUGAAAAGUCUCAAGAUCCAGAACCGCAUCGCAAGUCUGGAGAGCAAGUUCCGUGGCACCAAGUUGAUGGUCAGCGUUGACCGUCUCGACUAUAUCAAAGGUAUCCCGCAGAAGUUGCACGCCUUGGAAGUGUUUCUUUCCAGUCAUCCAGAAUGGGUUGGCAAGGUGGUGUUAGUGCAAGUUGCCGUCCCAAGUCGACAGGACGUUGAAGAAUAUCAAAACUUGAGGGCAGUGAUCAACGAAUUGGUGGGAAGAAUCAAUGGCAAAUUUGGCACGGUGGACUAUAUGCCGAUUCACUUCAUGCACAAGUCGGUGAGCUUUGAUGAGCUGGUUGCGUUGUACGCGGUCUCUGAUGCUUGCGUCGUCUCCUCCACUCGGGACGGCAUGAAUCUGGUGUCUUUUGAGUAUAUUGCCACGCAGAAGCGGCGCAAGGGCGUGUUGAUUCUCUCCGAGUUUGCCGGGGCCGCACAGAGUCUGAACGGCAGCAUUGUCGUGAACCCGUGGAAUACGGAGGAACUCGCCCGCGCGUACCAUCAAGCCGUCUCGAUGGGCGAGAAGCAAAAGGCUCAACAAUUUGAGAAGCUCUACAAAUACAUUUCGAAAUACACCAGUGCGUUCUGGGGACAGUCAUUUGUGGCCGAGUUAUCUCGAUAGUGGAUGAAGAUGGAUUUUUUUUUUUGUUUUUCUCUCUCUUUUCUUUUGCAUUGAUAGCGUGCGGGUCUUUUAUUUGCAUGGCGGCAUCAAGCGACGAUUCAAUCAGUAGACCACGAGUUCACGAUUAUAAUUGGCAAUCUGCUGGAUUUACAAGUACGUACGUGGCCGAAAAGCGUACAAGCCGAUGGCGUUCCACUAGUCAUAUAUUUUGUCGGCUAGGCGGCGAGUACGCGCAAGCCUCGUAGGCAGAUGGGGACGUUCGAUGGAUGUUCGUAUCUUGCAUGUAGAUACGCAGGUAGAUAUACGAGUGCAGAAGAUCAAAGCGUAGGGCUGUAUAGCAGAGUACUGUGUACAAGUGGCAGAGUACGUACGCUCCACAAGUAAUACGUACUUGUACAGCUAUCUAAAAUGCAGGCCAAUGACAGCCAAGCUCAAAUAAGGAG